AUGAUUCCGUUCCAAAUCCCAGUGGAUUCCGCAUUACCACGCUGUGAACCCAAUCUCCCCACACCUGAGACAGGAUCUCUGUGCAAGAACGUGAGGUCACUGUCUCCCAUGCCAACCGCCCGUUCCCCUCAGAAGUCAAUGGUCCCGCCCCUCACGCCCUCUCCGACCGAUAGCUUGCCGAUGGGGAGCCUGGCAUCUCACUCUCCUGCCCGCUCUGGCAGCUACAGCAGCGGGAUCUCAUCCCUCAGCCGCUGCAGUGUCUCUGAAACGUGCGGGAUCGACCUCCCGCCGCCCGACCCUCCUCUACCCACCGCCGUCCCCGCAGACGUGCCCAUUCGCCGGGGUAGCAAGACUCCUCCGCCCUACAGCGUCUAUGAAAGGAACAAUCCCCGGCGAGCGACGCCACUGCCUCACAGUCUGUCAGUGCCACCCAGUACUGACAACCCCAGCCUGACCGCCAAACACCAACUGAACCGCGUGCAGCGCAUUAAUUCAGAACCCCGUCACCGGCCCACACCCAGGAAGGUCUCUCAGCUGUAGCGCGUCAGCGGUAACCGGAAACUUGGACUACGUCGCAUUUUUUGUAAAAUAACUGUAGGUUAUGCAUCAUAAUUGGAAAUGUUUUCAAAUGCAAGGAGGUGCAUUUUUGUGGAGGAUAGGGAGUGGCAUAUAAAUACAUCUUUUU